AUGACUCUGCGAAAUCUGAAUCAAUUCGACGGCGUGCCCAGUCCCACCCGGGAGCCCCUUGCUCCGCCAGGGGCUUUUCCGUCGGCGGUGCAGCUCCACCCUCCACCUUCGCCCAGCAACCAUCGAACGCUCAGAAGACUGCAGUCGGCUCAUAGUUUGGGCGCGAAGGCCGCGGCCCCGCCGUCCCUGAUUUCGCAACAGAGAGUGCAACAGCAGCAGCAACGACAACGGCAACAGCAACAACCCCAACAACAACUGUCGUUUCAAAAUUUGAAUCAACACCUCCAACAACGAUACCCUCCUGCCCCGGCAAGGAAUCAUGCGAACACCAAUCGCUCACCGCAAAGAGGACGGUCAAACAGCGACGCACCACCCAUUCCCAAUACUGCCCUUCUCAAUCCAGCAACUAUGACGGCGACAACGGCAACACGACGUUCAGCACUUGGCCGGCGGUCCCUCGCGGCCGACGCAAUGUCACUCGAAAAACUUAUCCGAGAAGGCCCCCCCGACGGCGAUAUUGAGGUCGGCCAGGAACUAACAAGUCCGUCCACACAGUCUUCGCUUCGGAUCUACGUCUGGCUCAUUUUACUCAACGCACCGAUGCUUGAAACCGACAACUACCUCGCCCUUAUCCACCGCGGCGCGUCACCAGCCUACUCAAAAAUCCGCAACGACACCUUUCGCACACUAUCCACCGACCCCCUCUUCCGACGCCGCGUGAGCGAAGCGAGCUUGAUACGUUUGCUCAACGCCUUUGCCUGGACGUUGUACGAUGCCCGCGGGGAGCGGACUCGUGACCCAAGCGUGGCCAGCAGCAGCCGAAAAUCGCUUGAUCAGUCAAGCAGCCGGCCGGGAACUGGCUACGGGAGCGACUUUGGUAGCCCUGCUUCGUCACCCGCCGCAAAGAGAGCACGCGCUCUCACGCUGACGACCGAGGGCUCCGUCACAAGCGUCACGACAGAGCCAGGCACCUACGUCCAAGGCAUGAACGUUUUGGCUGCUCCCUUUCUGUAUGCCGCUCGUAGCGAGGCCGAGGCAUAUGUCGCCUUUCAUCAAUUGAUGACGAAGGAAUGCCCGGGCUACAUUCGCGGUGCGAUGGACGGGGUACACAAAGGACUGGCGCUUCUUGACAAGGUGCUGGCUAUCGUCGACCCCAAACUCAGUUUCCACCUGCUCUCCAAGAAUCUAUCCGCCGAGAUCUACGCCUUCCCUUCCGUUCUCACCCUCUGUGCCUGUACGCCUCCUUUACCUGAGGUGCUACGGCUUUGGGAUUUCCUUUUCGCGUACGGUCCGCAUCUCAAUAUCCUAUGCAUUGUCGCUCAGCUAGUCAUGAUUCGCACUGAGAUCAUGGAGUCACCUAGCCCGAACAAACUUCUUCGGUCGUUCCCCGCUCUGCAGGCAGAUCGAAUCAAAGCUACCACCCUCGCCGUUACCAAGAUGAUACCCGACGACGUCUACGCCGAAAUUGUUGCUCAUGCUCGAUAA